CCUAAUCAUCAAAACCAACCAGUUUAGUCUUCAUCUUUGAAUUAUUUUCUCUUGUAAACCUUAAAAUAUUGUGUGACACUCCCGAUAUAUCAUCUAUCAUCUAUAAAUAUGAACUUUAGUAAACUAACGGUUGAUUCUCGGGCUCUCUCCGGGCUGCACCGUUCAGUAAAUCAAAGGCACCCUUGUUUUUUUACAAUUUGGCGGUCUUUUUAAACUGAACCGUUAGUAACCGUUACUGCUAAUAUAGCAUUUUAAUAAGUAAGCUAGCUUACAAACAGCAUUAUUAGGAUAUUCUAGGACGACUUUUCAGGCUAUAAGAUGUGUUUUUGGGCUCCUAACUACUGAAGGAGACUACUCUGCUGGCUGUUGGUCUCUUCUCCUCCUCAAGGCCAGUUUCAAAUGGAAGUCUUCAGCCGCCAUCUUGUCUCCAUUUCUUCCAACCUGCUACUACUUCACUUCACAAAGAGUGCCCUCUGCUGGUCUAGCAAGCACACCGCACCGUGACCAGACUACUGUGGAAAACAAGCAUUUCAAACGACUUAGAGAACAGCUUCCUGCUCAUCAUGGCUCCUCGACGAGGCUCUGCUGCUGAAACACCACCAGAUGUCGACAUAGACCCUGAGGGAUCUGGACUUUCCGCGUUGGAGCAACUCCUCUCUUCGCUGUUUCUCCUCCCAAGAGCCCGGGCCCUUAAUGAAGCUGGGGGUCAGCAGCAGUGUGCGGCUAAUUGGCCAAGUUUGCCCGGGGCUCCGGCUGCCUGUGAUUGAAGUGUCCAGCGAGGGCCCUCUGUGCAGCCGCCGCUGCACCCUACUCUGUUCCACUCCAACAGCCAAGACGCUCACUGCACCCCUGUCUGCCUCUCCCUAAGAUGGCAAGCUGGGUCUCCCUCCUCCUCUUUCUCUUCUGCUGGUCAGUCUCAGGAGCCCAGGAGGAGAACGGCGAACUCUCCAUCGUGAAGUUCAUCUCCGACACCUCCAUCAACAAUGUGGUCCAGGACCCUGAGAGUGGUCGCAUCUACCUGGGGGCGGUCAACGCCAUCUACCAGCUGGGGCCGUCGCUCCAGCGGCAGGCUCGUUUCGAUACGGGCCCCAAAGACGACUCCCGGGCCUGUACGCCGCCUGCUUCUGCCUGCCAGGACAUAAAGUCAAUGCCCAACCUCAACAAGCUUCUGCUGGUCCACCGGUCCAACGGCUCGCUCAUAGUCUGCGGCAGCCGCUACCGAGGCAUCUGCUCCCUCCUCAACCUGACCAACGUGGAACAGCAGCUGUAUUACAGUGACAUUAAAGGAGAGAGGACUUACGUGGCUAGCAUAGAGGACAACGUGAACGUGGUGGGCGUCAUGUCCCACUACUACUCAAAAGACGACGGGAACACCUUCAGUGUGUUUCUUGUCGGGAAGGGCUACGGAAGCCUUGACAGCACAAAACUCAUCAGCACACGAAUCCUUCAGGACUUCCGUGAGUGGGUCGUGUUUGAGAGCAUCAUCGAGGCCUCCACGGUACAGACGACGCCAUUUGUUCCCAAGUACCUGCACGACUUCCGCCACGUCUUCAAAGAUGAUGGUUUUGUAUAUUUCCUCUUUUCGAGGACGCUCGACGGUUCGGAUAAUAAAAACCUGACCUUUGUAUCUCGUCUUUGCGAAAACGACCACAACUACUACUCCCACACGGAGCUCCAGUUAAACUGCGGUGAUAAAAACCAAUACAACAAAGUCCAAGCUGCGUAUGUGGCCUCUCCGGGAAAAGAGCUGGCGCGGUUCAUGACCGAAGACGGUAAGUAUGGGAAGGUCGUCCCGUGGAGCAAAGUUCUGUUCAUGGUGGCGAGUCCAGAUGAGGACGAAAACAACUCUGCUCUCUGCAUGUAUCCGCUCAACUCCAUCAAUGAGCGACUGAUUGACAUCAUCAGCGCCUGCUACAGCGACUCGGGGCUGAUCUCCGGGUUCCCCGCCGUGAACAUCCCCUACGCAUCAUCGAAAAAUGACUUCUGCACAUCAAAAAUUGCGAAAGAUACGUUGGCAAACUACAAGUGUGGUGGAGACUUCCUGCCUUCCCCUCUGGCCAGCAAUUCCAAAUUCGCCUUAGAGGCAAAAGCGUUUUGGGCCAGGCCAGGCCUUCUGACCGCUGUGGCCGUCGCCGUGGAGAACGAUCACACCGUCGCCUUCUUGGGGAACACCCAGGGGGAGGUCUUCAAGGUGCACCUGACCGGGGACCCAGACAUGUACAGUAAAGCUCCUGGUGACGCCAUGGGAGAGAAGGUCAACAAGAACCUUUUCUUUGACGACAGUCUCAGCCACCUCUACAUUACCACAGAGAAGAAGAUCACCAAGGUGCCGGUGCAGACGUGCCACCAAAAGAAAGACUGCCAAUCAUGUGUGGAACUGAGGGACCCUUACUGUGGCUGGUGUGUCCUGGAGGGCAGGUGUACCAGGAGGUCUGAGUGCCGACGGGCGGAGGAGAAGAAUGGCUGGCUGUGGAGCCCCAGGCAGCAGUGUGUCAAGAUCGUCUCCUUCUAUCCCCCGAACCUCUCCUGUAAAAAGACUCAGAAGGUGAAGAUCAACGUCCCAUCCCUUCCUGCCAUCGGGCUUUCUGACCGUCUGCGCUGCUCCAUCGAGACCGUUCCUUUUUUCAAAAGUGAAGGCAGCAUGACCGACUCUGGUCACGUCUCCUGCGAUCUACCCGACCCUUCGCUUAUACCACAUACACUUGAGGACCAAGACUUUGUAGCCGUGGCCAUCAGGAUCUUCGUCAACGAGUCGGUGGAGCUGGCGACGCGGGAGUUCAAGUUCUAUAACUGCGCCGCCACAGUGAGGAAAUCAGAAAACACGCCGUGCAUGUCAUGCGUGGCCAGUUUGUGGGGCUGCCAGUGGAACACACGUGACCACACCUGCAGUGACAUGGACGACAUCGUGGUGGGCACCACCAUCAAGCAGCGCCAGGGAACCAAGUGUCCUCAGUUUGAGAAUCCAGAUCCUGUGCUGAUCCCCGUGGGCUACAAGACUCGAAUCAGCUUCGAGGGGAUCAAUUUGGACCUCUACCAGGGUCGUCUCUUCACCAUCGGCACGGAGCUGAUGAGAAGCACGGAAGAGGAGGUCAAUUUUGAAGGCGGGAUGUUCUACACCUUCACCGGCUUCGACUUUUCUUACGACAAGUCACCGGAGACCAAUGUUCUCUUCUACGUGAAGGACAAAGAGUCGGGCAAGAAGAUGGACAGCACGCUGAACGUCACCCUGUACAACUGCUCCAUGGGGAGGGAGGACUGUAGUCUCUGUAAGAACGCAGACACGAAGUACAGGUGCGUGUGGUGCGCCAAGCAGAAGGCGUGCGUGUACGAUGAGCUCUGCAAACCCGAAGGCUCCGAGGAUCCUCACAACGCUGAGUGCCCCAACCCCCAGAUCACCGAUAUCAUCCCUCGCUACGGCCCCCUGCAGGGAGGAAUCUCCAUCACCAUCCGCGGCUCCAACCUCGGCGUCCACCAGGAAGACAUCAAGAGCAUCACCGUGGUCGGGGAGCCCUGUAUCCAUCAGAAGGAGAAGUACUCUGUUUCCACGAGCGUGGUGUGUGUGAUCGGCCCUGUUGAUCCUGCAAAUGAUAUCCGGGGCCAGGUGGAGGUGGAGGUGAAGGGGGGAAGGAGAGGAACCUCCUCCAUGUUCUUCAUCUACAGGGAUCCAAUUCCUGAGGCGGUGGGACCCGCCAGAGGUCCCAAAGCUGGGGGCACCCUCAUUACGAUUAAUGGGACGCAUCUGGACACCGGCAGUAUGGAGGAUGUCCAGGUUACCAUCGGAGGUGUGGCCUGCACUGUGGAGCACUUCGGAGCACAGAUCACCUGCAGGACAGGACACUACGGAGGAGAGAAGGUGCCCUCCGACCGCCUCGCCGUCACAGUGAGGUAUGGAAAGAGUACGACGACGAGCAUCCCAAGUGCCUUCCAGUUCUUGGAAAAUCCCAUCGUGUUGGAUCACCAACCCAAAGGAAGCUUUGUCUGUGGAGGGAGGAACAUUGUGGUGACCGGCUCCGGCUUUGACCUGAUCCAGACUGCUGUCUUGAACGUCAAAUUGGGCAAUUGGACAACUUUUGAGGGCUCCCACGAGAAGAACGACACCGUCAUGGAGUUUCGGUCUCCAACGGUACACAGCAGCUCCCCGAACCAGCCCUUUGAAACCUUCAUCAUGCUCGACAACUUUCAGAGGGAUCUGAAGCCCUUCGACUACCACCCUAACCCCAGCUUCACCAACCUGUCCAAGAAGGUCAUCACCAAGACCAGCAUCAUCAUCGUCACCGGUAAGGGAUUCUCCAAAGCCAUGACGGCCAAAGAGGCUCAAGCGUUUGUGGGCGACGUUCCCUGUGUGGUCAACACGCUUCAGGACGACAAGCUGUUUCUGGACCCGCCUUCCACCACGCCCAGCGCUCGCUCCAGACGGCACCGCCGAGACACCCGGCCCGAGCUGCUGGACUUAACGAUCAAGUUUGGGAAAGGGGAGUGGGUGGUCGGCUCGGUGGAAUACGAGAAGAAGAAUGAUCUGUCGCUCUACAUCAUCAUCCCUGCCGUCAUUGUGCCCAUGCUGCUCAUCAUCGCUAUCUCUGUCUACUGCUACAGGAGAAAGAGUCAACAGGCAGAGAGGGAGUACGAGAAGGUGAAACAUCAGCUGGAGAAUCUGGAGGAGAGCGUCCGGGAUCGCUGCAAGAAAGAAUUCACAGACUUGAUGAUCGAGAUGGAGGACCACACCAACGACCUGAGCGAGGGACGAAUCCCCUUCCUGGACUACAAAACCUACACAGACCGCGUCUUCUUCCUGCCCUCUAAGGACGGCGCCAACGAUGUGAUGAUCACGGGAAAGCUCGACAUCCCGGUGGCUCGGCGGGCCAUAGUGACUCAGGCACUCAACCAGUUCUCCAACCUGCUGAACUCAAAGACCUUCCUCAUUAAUUUUAUCCGUACCCUGGAGCGCAGUCACGACUUCAACGCCAGGGCCAAGGUGUACUUCGCCUCCCUUCUGACGGUGGCUCUGCACGGGAAGCUGGAAUACUACACGGACAUCAUGAGAACGCUGCUGCUGGAGCUGAUGGAGGAAUACGUCCACAGCAAAAACCCCAAACUCAUGCUACGCAGGUCAGAGACGGUGGUGGAGAGGAUGCUGUGUAACUGGAUGUCUAUCUGCCUUUACCAGUUUUUGAAGGACUCUGCAGGAGAGCCCUUGUACAAACUGUUCCGAGCCAUCAAGCACCAGAUCGAGAAAGGGCCCGUGGACGUCAGAGUGAAGAAAGCCAAGUACACCCUCAACGACACGGGCCUGAUGGGCGACGAUAUAGAGUACUCUGUCCUGACGCUGCAAGUGCUGGUGCAAGGCGAAGGUCCGGACGUGACACCCGUCAAGGUGCUGAGCUGUGACACCAUCUCGCAGGUGAAAGAGAAGAUCAUAGAGCAGGUGUACAGGAACCUGCCGUACUCCCAGCGGCCCAAGGUCGACAGUGUGACGCUGGAGUGGCGCCCGGGCUCAACGGGGCAGAUUUUGUCGGAUCUGGAUUUGACUUCCCAGAAAGAGGGCAGGUGGAAACGCUACAACACUCUGGCACACUACAACGUGCGAGAUAACGCCACAUUGGUCUUGUCCAAAGUGAUCUCCAUUCAGCAGAACUAUUACCAGAACCAGGAAAACCAUGAAGAGCGGAACGCUCUGCUGGAAGAUGACAAGGUGUUUCACUUGGUGAGGCCGGCGGACGAACUGGAUGAGAUCAAAUCUAAACGAGGAAGCAUAAAGGACAAGUCGAUGACCAAAGCCAUUACAGAGAUCUAUUUAACACGACUCCUUUCAGUCAAGGGAACACUGCAGCAGUUUGUGGAUGACUUCUUCCGCAGCGUGCUGUGCUCGGGGGCAGUGGUGCCACCGGCUGUCAAAUAUUUCUUUGACUUCCUGGAUGAGCAGGCGCUGAAACACAACAAUGUGGAUGAAGAGACCAUCCAUAUCUGGAAGACUAAUAGCCUUCCUCUGCGGUUCUGGGUGAACAUCCUCAAGAAUCCCCACUUCACCUUCGACGUCCACGUGUCUGAAGUGGUGGACGCCUCGCUCUCUGUCAUAGCCCAGACAUUCAUGGAUGCCUGCACCAAGAGCGAGCACAAACUCAGCCGGGACUCUCCAAGUAACAAACUACUCUAUGCAAAGGAGAUCUCCACCUACAAGAAGAUGGUGGACGAUUACUACAAGGGCAUCAGGCAGAUGGUUCCCGUCAGCGAUCAGGACAUGAACACUCAUCUGGCAGAGGUGUCACGGAAUCACACAGACAAGCUGAACACACAAGUGGCUCUCCAUCAGCUUUACCAGUACGCCAGCAAAUACUACGACGGGAUCAUCGCAUCCCUAGACGAGGACCCAGCUGCCCAGAGCAAACAGCUGACCCUGCGGCUCCAGCAGAUAGCAGCCGCCCUGGAAAACAAAGUGACUGAUCUCUAACCCACAAGUGGAGGGAGGGAGGGAAGGAGGGAGGGAGGGAGGGAGGGACGGAUGGAGGGGAUGGUAGGAGAGGAUACCGCCAGUGACUACAGAGGCUUAUUUCUUCUUUUAGAGAGUAAAACAUGGGAGUAAGGAAAGGUGAGAGGGGACUCAUGUGGUCGUGUAUAUUAUACAACUCGGCCCUGGGACAAUGUUUCCGUGCUGUGGAGUAACAGGGAACUAAUGAGAUGCAGAUAGAGAGCAGAAGGGGGGAAGAAAAUUAUGUGCUACACUGUCAUAGGUACGCCUUAAAGCUCACUUGCCAAACCUUAAAGGUCUGCGCGCUCAUUCAUGCUUCACUGAAUAUUGCUCCCACAAUGCAGUGCGGUAGACCUCUCUCUCUCUGAGUAAUGAAGCCCCCUCUGUGGAGCACUGGCACAGGCGAUAAUCAGAUGUUCAAUUUCUUUCUGUGUAGAAAAAAAGGUUUUAAGAAUUGUAUUAUAUAUUUUUUUUAUUGUGCAGUCUUUAUGCGGAAAGCUUUAUAAGGAAAACAAAUUAUCUUUUUAAAUGGAUCACCUUGUGGUGCGGAUAGUGUUUUUAUUAGCCUGUGUGUGCGUAGAUGUCUGCGUGAGGUACAAACUGUGUGAAUGUGUGGGAAUAUGUGUGUGCACACACAGGGUGCCUACUGUCAGGCGCGAGGGGCGAAAGGGACGCCUGCUUUCUGUCAUUUUAAAUCCCCCCCAAACCCAGUGACACGCUGGAGCCUGCGAGACCAAAGGGUCCUCACCAGGACGCCGGUUAAUCUAGCAUUGUAACAGGCUCACAUGAUUGAUAGGUCACCAGUAGUUUCAGAGAUGUUUGAGUUGAAUUAGUUGCUUUUUGACUCGCUCCAAGCCGGAUUGCCAUUUUGUGCUCGUGGAAAUCGAUAAUAGCACAGUUUGUCUCCCUUUAUUGUACAGUGCCAUGAUACAUUCCACUUCAACUAAAGCACAGAAGGACAUUUCAAACGUUUUUUAAGACAUUUCUGUUAAUAUUUUUUCUUUGCUGUAAAAACUGUGUAAGCAAGAAGCAACUUUAUGUCACUCAUAAUAGCUCUGCAAUAACGUCAGAAUACCAUGAGCCACAAAUCCACAGUUAGCUUACUAAAUGUAUUCACAUACAGUAGCAGAUCAGCAAUAUGUUAGAGGAAUUUCCAAAUUGAUUCAUGCAUUGUUAGUGUAUUUUUAAUUUUUUUUAAGUCUUACUCUUGUAAUGUUCCAAAUAGUCAUCAAGCAUUCUGCCUCUAAAGCUAUGAAACAGACUAAUUACCUGCCAGAGAUGCAGUCGGUACUUUAAAUGGUAUGUUUUGAACAAAUUAAAGUGUUUUUCGCCUUUCUUGUGAUGUUUCGGGAGGUCAGAUUCAAUCAUGUACAUAAUUGUUCCAGUAAUUGAGUUGUUGAUGUGUCAGUGUCAGAGCCGAGGUGUCGACAGGGUAGGAAUGAGGGUUUGAUAUUUCUCGGGCCAUUAGACGCCACCGCGCUUCAUCCCUAAACUGUAGGUUCUGCUGUUGACAGAUGAUUUAAUUGUACUCCCCCGUACGUAUCUGAUCAUGGAUGUGUGUAGUUGACGGAGCGUAACGAGUUCCAGAGACCCCAGAAUGUUAACGAUUCCUGCCUUGGCUAGAGAGAGGUUUGCACAGACCUCGAGCCUGCCUGCCUGCCUGCUGUCUCAGCGUGGCACCCUGGCAUCCCGACCAACAGCACUUGGCACUGCCCACUCAGCGCAGUGCAGAGUGGCACUCUGUAUAAUGGAAUCAGCAGGGGAGGCUUUCGAUCUUAAUUGCAUGCCGACCGCAGACUCCAUCCUCGUCUCCGCCGUUGUUUACUGCUGACUCCUCCCUCACUGACAGAGUUGAUGCAAGACGCUUCUUUCAGAGCCUUUCUUUAACCAAAAACGUGCCUUAUUGAAUAGGAUGAUACAUAUAUAUUGUUUCUAAAUUAUUCUAUCGGUAACCUAGGUGAUUAUGAUGACGAUAGUGCUAUAGACACAGCAAUGUAUUUGGACUUGUGAUAUUAUGUGUGCUGUCUAAAAUGCUAGAUGCCCCCGCUGCAGCCGUGUGCGUGCCAAUAGGCUGAAGACAUUUCAGUAUGAUUUCUUUUAUGGUUGCAGUUUCGACGUGUGCAUUUCCUUUUGGGUGUCUGUGGCGUGUGCUUAGUAGGACUUUGGUGGCUAAAAGGCAAAAGGCCAAAAUGAAUAAAUGUAAAACAAUGUGGCCAAUGUGAUUUGGGUUUCCCUUGAAAAUGUCUGGCAUUCCUAAAUUAGUCUGAAAUCAAAAUGUAGAUUGAAUAUAGCGCAAAAUUGUUCCAACGGUGUUCUUUCUUUUAUUUUUUUUUGCCCUGUGUUUCUAAGCUGUUCCACAGUGUGUACGAUAAAUGACUAUCUAUACUCGACAAAUGACUUUUCUUACUGCUGUGCAGUUAUUAUUUUUAUUUCUCGUUUCCUAUACCAUAUAAAUCUUUGUAAAACAUGUUGAAAUACUGUAUUCUAACUGUAUAAUCCUAUGCAUUGAGUCCUGGGACAAAAAAACAAAAAACAAAAGUGAGAAAAAAAGCUGUUUGUGCAGUUGUCGAGACUUUUUUCCAUUUUGAAACUUGUGAAUGUGCUGUAAUGAUUAAAAAGAAACCGGGACAGUGCAGGACCAUUAACGGAAGCCAACGUUCUCCUUUCCCAUCCGAGGCAGCUCAGAAGAUUCUCCAUCUUGUACCUGAUCUGGUUGUACUGGAUGAACUUAAUUUUACAAAAGGUUGUGUGUGGACGGAGCAGUUACCCACAGAUUUCAUCAUGCUCUCCUCCGUGAAUAAACUCAGAGACAUAUACGCCCUUCAUA